AUGCCUAAACACGAAUUUAUGACUCCGAAGGCAAUUGCCAAUCGUAUUAAAUCGAAAGGACCAAAGUUGAGAUGGUAUUGUCAGAUGUGUCAAAAACAAUGUCGAGAUGAAAAUGGAUUUAAAUGCCAUAUAAUGUCGGAAUCUCAUCAACGACAGCUGUUACUAGUGGCAGACAAUCCUGGCCGAUUUGUUGGUAGUUUUUCAGAAGAAUUUCUAAAGGGGUUCAUGGACAUUUUACGUCGUCAAUAUGGUACUAGACGGGUCCAUUGCAAUGUUGUUUAUCAGGAGUACAUCCGAGAUAAAGACCAUUAUCACAUGAAUGCUACAAGAUGGUCUACGUUAACCGGUUUUGUGAUGUGGCUUGGUAGACAAGGUCUCUGUGAGGUAGAACCAACUCCGAAAGGAUGGUAUAUCAAAUAUAUUGAUCGUAGUCCUGAAGCUAUGGAACGACAAGCAGCUGAUGCUAAGAAAAAGAAAAUGGAUCGUGACGAUGAAGAAAGAAGUCAGCAAAUGAUUGAAGAUCAGAUUGUUAGAGCAAUGGCAUGUAAAGGAGAUGACGACGAAGAACCACAAUAUACUGAACUAAAGAGAAAAGAUGAAAAUGAAAAAAAUGACAAAAAUGAGAAAGAAAGUAACUCUGGCGAUGAAGGAAGAGAGAGCAGAGACAGUAACUCGGAAGUAGAGGAAUCUGAAGGAUUGGAAGAUUCUGAAAGCUCUGAGUCUGAAGAAGAAGAAGAAGAAGAAGUGAAACCAAAAGCUAUGAAAUUGGAAGAGCCAGAAGACCCACCAUCUUUGCCUGAAAAAGACUCUAUAAAAAAUCAGCCUAGUUCUGUUCCAGGAAUUGUAAUCAAAGUCUUAAACAAGAGACUCGGAGAGAAGUUCUAAAAGAAAGGAGUCAUUGAAGAACUUCAUGACAAGUACACUGCUACUGUUAGGAUGUUGGACAGUGGAGAUAAGAUCAAAAUUGAUCAGUCGUAUCUUGAGACAGUGAUCCCUGCAAUUUGGAGGGAUGUGCUGGUAGUGAAUGGAGCAUACAGAGGUUACAAAGCUAAACUGGAAGAUGUUGACGUCGAUAACUAUAGUGUAUCUGUUACUAUCUCACAGGGUCCCUCCCGUGGAAGAUACGUAGAAAAAAUAGCGUAUGAAGAUGUGUCAAAGAUAAGCACACAGUCUUUCCAUUUGCUCGUUGACUUGCUUCCAUUUUCUGCAUAA